AUGCCCGCAUUUGGGGCACCCUCUGCUGUUCUCUCGCCCUUCUCACCACCAGAAUCCCUCUCAAUCCACCCUUCGCCGCUCCCAAAACCUUCGUCGCCGCAGCGAAGAAGGUCGACUCACCACCCUCAUCCACAUCCAGACACCCCGUCGAAAGAGCGGUGUCCUGGGGUCCAAGGCCAUAUCACUACCCCAAGUCCCGUUCCUCGACUUACACCUACCCGUUUGACUUUCCUGCUUUUGAUACCAGCCAACAUGAAUGUCAACUUCGAUUCGAGCGGAGGCGACGGCCUCAUCGACCUGUCCUCGUUCGAUCAGCGGGACCGAUUUUCCUACGCCUCCCAAAUCCCCUCAUCCCAGAAUAGCCCCCAGAGCGUUGCAAACAUGCCCGCCCAAAGGAUUUGGCCUAUUCCUCUGGAUAUGGCUUCGAAUGUCGCUGCUUCGAGUCCACCCGAGGACCAGCAAGCCCACUCGCCCUCCCAUAGCUCUUCGCCUUUGAGCCAGCACUCGCAUCACUCGCCGUACCAACAACCUGUCAACUCCUUGACCGACUGGGCCCUUCAACAACAUCAACACCAGCAGCAGCAGCAACCUCACAUGCCAACCCAGGACUUUUCCCAGUUCGUUUCCGAUGCCUACAUGCCAGUUACCUACAACCCGUAUGCCCCGGGCUUCCAGACGAGUCCUAUCGAUUUCCUCCCGGCGACGACUCAAGCUUUGCAGGCCGCAAACUUUCAACUCGCGACUGCCUUCAACACUAUGCCGCCCAUGGAUGAGACCGUCCCCGCCAUGAACUGGAAUAUGGGUAUGGAGAGCUGGCACGAUAUUCAAGCCGCCGCUUCCGCUUUGCAAAUUGAGGGGCUGUCCCAUAGUAUCGGCAGCAACUCGCCGACCGGCACUUUCCUCGAGGUCCUGUCUCUGCCCAGCUCCAGCGGGGAGGGUUGGUCGAUGGUUGUCGAGCAGGGUUCCGGCACCGGAUUUGACCACUUUCAGCAGCCCCAGCCCAACGCGGCAAUUUUUAACCCCAGCCAGACGUUGCAUCUGCGAACAAAUUCGGACUCGUCGGACGGUGCCAACUCGUUUGAGCUCGGUAGCUAUGAGGAAAUUGCCCCCUUCCCCAUCUCGCCCUUCUCCCCCGAGUCUGAUGGAUAUGUCGACGCCGGAUCCCACCGCAACUGCUUCGGAGACAAUCACAACCACAACCACGUUCACAACCACGACACAGUCAGCCCAGCAGCAGCCGUUGCUCCAAUGCCCAUCAAGUCCACCACCCCCACUCGCCCGACGCCCGCAAGCGGCUCCGGUGCCACGUCACCUCCCAUUGUCAGCGUCCGAAGAAACUCGGGUCAAAGACGGAGCCCGGUCACCGGCAAAGCCACCAAGGCUGUCAUCCGACGCACAUCCACCGGUAAGAAGGACGGCACCGAAGUCAAGAAGGUCGGCCGCAGAAAGGGUCCUCUUCUGCCUGAGCAGCGUAAGCAGGCCAGUGAGAUCAGGAAGCUUCGUGCCUGCCUGCGUUGCAAGUUCCUCAAGAAGACUUGUGACAAGGGUGAGCCAUGUGCUGGAUGCCAGCCAUCUCACGCUCGCCUGUGGCAGGUUCCUUGCACUCGUAUCGACAUCAAGGAUAUCGGCUACUUCAUGAAGGACUGGAAGGCCGAUUACGAGCGCCAUCUCGGCCGCGGUGUCUCGGUUUACAACGUCAAGGGCUUUGCCCAGAAUGAGACCAUCAUGUGGAUUACCCAUGGCUACGGCUUUGCCCUCCCCGUCUACGUCCGCGAGGUCUACGUCGCCGACGAGAGCUGCUUCCAGGCUGACUGGGUUGAGUCUUGCCUGACCGACCAGGAGCCCAUUGACUUUGAGCUCCGCACUGGCAACCUUGACGUUGGCGCCAAGGGUGUUUCCGUUGAGGCUCUGUCUGACUACCUCGACAAGCACAUUGACGGCGGCUUCGAGGACUUCAUUGAGGAUCACUUUGAGGGAACCCCCUUCAUCACUGAGAUCCUUAAGACGGCUCACCGGUAUUACGUCAAGGAGCGCAUGCCCGUCAUUCGCAAGGCUCUCAAGCUUGUCCUGGCCUACAACCUCACCCUACACAUCACUCUGGUUGAGAACCAGGGUGAGGAGGUCAGCCUCGACGGCCAGAUUGACGAUGAGGACUCCAAGUAUUACGGCCGGACCGUUGCCCCUGUCAUGAUCAAUUUCCAGAUCAAGUGUGCCAUGGCUGAUAUGUGGCGAGAGCUACAGAAGGAGAUUCUCGAGGAGCUUUCUGCCUUGUACUCUAGCGUGUACAGCGGUGAGCGUCUCAAGAACUGGCCCACCAUCUUCAUGUUGGCUUCUAUCCUGCUGGCUGUCUGGGAGGAGAUGCAGUUUGACUGCCACUACCGCGUGCCCGACCCCGCCGCUGUCAACAAGUUCUGCAGCGACAUGGAGACUACUCCUGUCGGUGUCAUUGUCGGCCUGUUCCACGCCAUCUCCCAAAAGCUCCCCGCCUUCAUGGACUGGGAUACCUCCAAGCAUGGUCAUCUCCUCAACAACAACGUUGCCGUUUGCGAGGCCAUGACUGAGGUCCGCGAGCAUGUUAUUAAGCAUGAGUCGUACCUGCGCACUCGCCCUGAUGCCACCUUUGACCGCAACGACUUUGACUGCUUGUCAAACAAGUUCCUGUCGAAGCUGGUCAUCCGUGCCAACUAA